GCGCUUCUUCUGCGCCAACUCUGGUUGGGUACCCUUCGCAACAGACGAGAGUGAGCCCGAUUUGCACACAAACCCAUUCAAUUCACGCACACAUUCCGCAGGACGUCGACGGAUGCCUCCGGAUUAGUCCAACGGCGAAUCGAGAGCGUGUGAGUUCUAUCUGAUAACUGACAUCGUCCUUUGUCCUUUUAAAUCUGCGCUCGAUUUGGGGACCCCAAGCGGACGGGAAGAUCUGCCGUUGGGUGUUUGUUGACAGUGUUGGAGAUUCAUUUACGAGUUAAUUUAAACCAUGUAAUGACGCUGGAAUCAGUUAGAAAGCCGUACAAGAGGAGGAUCGAGUGAAGAAAAUUCUGUUGGUUGAUGUUCAAAGAACGCGGGAGGGUUCCAUAUUGAGGCUCGCCCUGAUACUAGUACUUAAGGCGCAUGGGAAAACAAGGGCCUUGUAGCCAUUGUGGCAUUGCCACAACUCCCUUGUGCCCAAAUGGACCUCCAGAUAAAGAAGUUCUAUGCAAUGCCUGCGGCUCUAGAUGGCGUACCAAGGGGACCCUUCCCAAUCAUACGCCAAUGCAUUCUGGUGGAUCCGAAGGGUGGGCAAGCCCUGAAGUGUCCGCUUUAGGACAUGGGAACAGUUGUUCUUCUGAAUAUCGAUCUUCCAAGCGAAAGGAACCAUCUGGGGGACAUCUGCAAUUAGGUCCCAUCCGCAAGUUUGCUGGAAAUGACUCUACCUCAGCAUCAAGCCUAAGCUCUUAUAUAUCAGAUUCUGAUGAAGAUGCUAAUGGCCUGAGCUCACCAGUUCGAAGUGAUACUGCAGUAGACUCCAGCCCUCCAUGGGAAGGCCGUGUUCCUUGUAGGAAGCGCUCAUCCAUGCCUCGGGCAUGCACUUCAGUUGAUAAGCUUAUCAGGCAAUUUCAAGACCUAGUGUACGAGGACUCACCAGUUCGCUCUUCACUGACCAGUGAAUCAGAAAAAGGGGAUAUUGAUCAAGAGACUUGACAAGGCGAAACUGAAGGGGUGCUUAUCUCCACUGUGCUUAACAAUUCCCAGGUUCGCUGGUAUAGUCGAUCAAAACAGAGGCAUCGACAAUUACUUAUCUUUGAUAGGGGUGCAACAGCAGAAAAUUUAUCAGAGCCUGAGAUUUUGGACACGGGGAGCUCUAAUGAUUACAGGAGCACGGCUGUCUUUGUUAUGGAUACAGUGGCCUGCUUCCUACUGAACGAACGCGUAGAAUGGUCCUAGUUGAAUAUGAUGACACACCACAUGCCAAUUUGCUUUUGGACAAUCCAACGAGUAUUAUGUUACGGGACAAUGGACUUGCCCAAAAUUCCAAAUGGCAGAACGACAAGAAGGAUUUGGAUGUGGAGGUUGAAACAACUACCCUUCUGAGAGAUAUUUGACACACAGAAAGCAACCCCACGGAACUGAUUUGGGAUCUUAUUUGUGGUUGACCUGACCAGGCUCCUUCCUAAUGGAGCUGUACUGAAUCCUGGUUGGAUGUUCAAUUGAGGAGGUGCUCAUUGGCGUUGGGUAAUAAUUAAUGAUCGGAUCGUUUUGUGGGUUUCGUAUCAAAUCUCUUUAUCUCCAACCUUCUAAUCCUUUCCAAGUCCCCUACUACAUGAGGAGAUGGUUUCAAUUUUUCUUGUCCAGAGUGUACCAUGAUAACUACAUCGUAUUUUAGAAACUGAGAUGUUUCCGUUCCAUCUGGGAUACAGAAUGUUGUCCUCGGAGCAUAACAUCUUCCACGUUUUUUGCUAUAUUUUCUGAAGAAUUUUCAGUCCAUUUGUACUCCAGGACCUAGUUUUCUGUUCGUUCUCAAUGGCUUAAGUUUUGUGCUCCAGCUGCACCUUGGACAAAAUCUCCAGAAUUCGGAGAGGGUGAAAUUGCCUGCCUGGUCAUAGAGCAUUUUCCAAAA